AUGGCCGCAAUAACCACGUACCUCCUUUCCACGCUCGCGGGCCUUGUCGUGAGCUGCGUCAUUUUCAUAACCACACGUCACAUUCAACUAUCCCAAGCACGCCGGUCUAGAAAAUGGCCCGAAUCACCAUCCCUUCACGCAGACAUCCAAUCAACCCAAAACGAGUACUACCUCUUUGUCCUCGGCUCAGGCGGCCACACCAAGGAGAUGCUCAUGAUGAUGGACGACGGCACCCGCGAUUUUGCCAAGUCGCACCGGCGCUAUCUCAUUUCCAGCGGGGAUAAAAUAUCUCUCCAUCACGUAGACGACUACGAGGCAGAGUUGAAAAGGACGUCUGAAAACCCAGGAACCCACGACACCUGCGUCGUGACGCGGGCCCGCAGGGUCUAUCAACCGUAUUGGUCUACGCCUUUCUCUGCCCUACGAAGCAUCCUCGACAUCUUCCCCGCCUUGCUGUCCCCGCCCAAGAACGAGGUUGGCAAGCAGCUAAAGUAUCCGGGAAUCGUCUAUUCGAAUGGUCCAGCGACAGGAUUCUUUGUCGCACUGGCGACGCAUUUGUUGAAGCUUUUCUGGGUGGUGCCGGACGACUGCUUGCUGUUCGUCUACGUGGAGAGCUGGGCGAGAAUCUCGACCCUGAGCCUGACCGGCAAAUUGCUCCAUUGUACUGGCUUGGCGGAUGCCUUCUACGUGCAGCACAGGGAGGUUGCGGAGCGUCAUGGCCUCGUCAAUGCUGGGGAGAUGGUGUUCAACUCGCAGAGGGGCAGGCUGACCCGGCUCGCCUCGGAUCAGGAGUCGUAA